GUAAACCAUACUCUAUUUCAUAUAGGAAUUUUCACGAUUGAAUUAAAAGAUGAUUUAUCUAGCCCUAACUUUGUUAUUGUUGAAUUCAUCCUCGAUGACUUCGGGUUUUCUAUGGAGUGAUAGUGAUUGCGAAGAUUACUGUUCGGACGAAGAUGGUUUAGACUGGUUUACACAAACAAUGUGCGACUGGUUUUGCUGUGACGUUGAAGAAACAACAAUCACAACUGAAGCCUCAACGACUGCUGCUACUACUACUGAGGGUGGUACGACUGCUGCUUCUACUACUGGGGCUAGUACUACUGCCGCUACUGCUACUGAGGCUAGUACUACUGCCGCUACUGCUACUGAGGCUAGUAUCACUGCUACUACUUCUGCCGAGGGUAGUACCACUGCUGGUAGUGCUACUGAGGGUAGUACAACUGCACCUGCUACUGAGGCUAGUACUACUGCUUAGCUAAAAUAAUAUUCUAGCAUGAAACAUUUAAUAUCAUGUGAAUGUAGAUGUAUUAAAUUUUUUGUGAGUACGGCAUGUUUGAUGAGGCAUCAAUGCUUCGUUUAUUAAUUAUUACUAGCUGUACUAUUCGAAAUAAUUUCAGUCACUUCCAUACUUUUCCUUUGUUCGCUGCAUUCCCUUGUUUUUUUUCAAUAUUCUGUUACAAUCAAGCUUGAACAUUUAAUAUCAUUUCACAUCUGAUAAUGUUAAAGUUCAAUAAAACCGUUAAAGAAAGAUA